CGGUGAUGACGUCAUAUUUUAAAAAUGGAUACCGCUGUGUUUGUUUUGAUUUUAUUUACCUGGAUUGGCUACCUGAAAGCUGAUAUUGUCGUACAGUCCACUCUUUACUGUUCGAUCUGUACCUACAAUGAAGAAUUCUGCAGAAACCCAGCAUAUGUCAACACCAGAUACAAAUUUUACAGUCGGGAUGUUGAAGACGUCAAUUCAAAUGUGGGCACCAGUUAUCAAGAUGGAAGGAACUGUAUUGUAUCUAUAGAAGCACACCCAAACAACCAGAUUGAAGUUCAGAUUGAUUAUCUUGCAAUAGAUAGUUAUGCUGUGAUGGAUGAAAGAGGUUAUCCGAAAUUCUGCUAUGAUUAUCUGAAGCUUUACAAUGGACCCACAGCUGACAAUGCCAAGAUGUUUCCAAAUAUUCCUCCAGCUGGUAUUUGUGGUACGAAGAAUUCCCCUGCUGACAUGGCCGAUAUCCAAACAUUCAAGACAACCCAGAACCAUUUAACUGUCCAGUUUGUUACUGAUGGUCGGAAGGAGAGCUUUGGAGGGUUUAAGCUGAGAAUUUCACAGUUCCCGUAUUCCAAUACAGGGAAUCUGUACCCAUCUGGCGGUAAUCUUGGAGGUUGGAAUGACGGUUCCUAUAACGAGUUCCAGGUGUACUGGGACCAGAGGAAUGUGAUUCCUGGAGGAGUGUUCCCAGGCACAGGAGGAAAUGACUAUAGUGAGGAGGUUGGAGGGAUCGAGUGUUAUGACUGCAAUUUCUGUCCAGUAGAACCUUUUGAUCCUGACCAGUUAUCCAUCAGCACAAGAUCAGGAUGUCAUGUCUGUUCAAAAGAAUUUGACAAUAGUUACCAAAAUGCAAGACGACAGUGCUAUUCACAAACAGACUAUACAUAUUUGUUGGAAAGUUUAUCUGAUGGAAUAGACAAGGUGGAAAGCUACAGUGGCUGCAAACAGUUUGUGACACAAUAUGGUCGCACAGUAAACUAUUGUUUCUGUCAGAAAGACGAGUGCAACUCUGGUACAACACUUCUGUACAACUGGACAUUACUCAUUGUCAUAGCAUCCUCUUUAUGGCUUUCAUUGUAACCAUGGUAAAGCUAUAAGAUGAUUUUAUAGUUUAAUCAUAGUAAUAGGCAAUAUGAUGUGAAUUGCUGACUAGAAGUGUCUGUAAACUACACAGGAGAGGUACAUGUACAGUGAAAUGACUGUAUGAAAUAAUGAAACACCUCUCAAAACACCUCCACCUACACCCAACAUUAUCAUGUUAGAUAUGUUAUGAUGUAUGUAUUCCACUGUGCUUUUACAUACCCAAACAAAGUUUAUGGUAAACCUUCGGUCAGUUCAAAAGUAAAUAUAUAUUAAUGAACCUAUUCAAAUUGUACGAUAUUCUGCUUCAGAAAUUUCGAACUAUCCGAGUUGAUAUCGGCGAAAAUCUCGACAAAGGGUAAAUAAGACACAAACACAUACCUGGCAUAUCAAAUGUAAAUCUGAUACGUAACAACGACGACCUGAACAAUGGCACAUUUGUAAAUAAAUAAGAAAUGAUAGCAUUUUAUUUAAUUCAGUGUCAAAUGAUUGUUAAACUUACUUCAUUUCAUGAUUAUUAUUAUCGUUACUGUAUAUUAAUCGCGAAGCCCUCGGCCAUUAUGUAGCUAUAGGUUCCUAAACAGUACACGGUUCAUUUGUAACAUAAAAGUUGGACAUACUUGUAGACUAGCUAGAGAUAUAAAUGCUGAGUCUCCGAACGGUUUGGUUAUAUUUGAAUCAGAAACUAUCGAUAUAUUAUUGUAAUGAAUGGUCCAUUUCAUAUAUUGAAAUCAUAAUCUACAUAACCUGUUGCGUUUAUGAAAGUGCUACUGUGAUAGGUGAUAUAUGUUGGUAAAAUUAGGUCAGAACUUCAGCAUGUCUGCUUUCAAAUUGCCAAGUCGUAUUAUCUACCAAACUUAUUUGAUACCUACAAAAUUAUCAUCACUGAUUGGGACACCUUUGGACUGUUUUGGCUGGAUAUAAAUGCUUAUCACGUACAUGUAACUCAGAAUGACCUAGUGGCUGAUCAUUGCAACAUUACCGCGAGCAAUAUGGGUGCCGUUUUAGUAUUUGCAAAAUGUGAUAUCACCAAUUCGAUUUAAUGAUAUCACUUAAUGAAUUGAUAUUGGUAAAUUGAAUUAAUGAUAUCCUUAAUUCAAAUUAAUAAUAUCACUUAUUCCAGGAAUUAAUCAAAUCAAUAAAUCGAAUUUGUGAUAUCAUUGAUAUCACUAAAUCAAUUUAUUGAUAUCAUUAAAUAAACGGAAUUAAUGAUAUCAUAAUUCGAAUUAUUGAUAUCAUAAUUCGAAUUAUUGAUAUCAUGAAUUAGUCUGUAGAACCACAGUAAAAAAAGAAUAUGUCUCUCCAUUGCAUUGCGGGAUUACACUUUAAACCAAGAUUGAGGAUAGACUGUAAUUGCUGCUUGAUAUCAGACAAAAUAUUAUCCUGGAGUAACAUUGUUUUGACAACGGUGAUGCUCCUUAUUUCUCAUUGAGAUGAAAUACAUAUUUUUUUACCUGUGAGUAAUACAAGAUCUUUUUUAAAAAUUGCCACAUUGCAAGAGAACCGCUAUUUUGGACAUUUUUAGAGGGAGCAGUCAUUUUGCAAAACAAUUUGGGAAUUAAUGACAUCAUUAUCAUUAAUUCGAAUGUUUGAUGUCAAUAGAUACUCUUAUUUAUCAAUAUCAUUAAUUCGAAUAAAUGAUAUAAUUAAUUCGAAUAAAUGAUAUAAUUAAUUCGAAUUACUGAUAUCAUUAAUUUGAAUUAUUGAUAUCAUUUAUUAAUUCAUUGAUCAGUAAUUCGAAUUAAUGAUAUCACAUUUUGUAGAUAAAUACUAAAACAGCACCCUAUAGAGCGGCUUGCACCUUGUCUCGCCUGCCUACCUAGCGAAAGGGCGCAGUUUUACAGGUAAUACCUUGAUUGGCAAUAACUAGAUGUCCAGUCGCAAUUAGAUAAUCAAUAUGCUUGGCUUGCACUAUAUUUGACAGUGCAUGGAUGAUUUCUUAGUUUGUCAUACAGCGAUAGUACUUAUAUUGCAUGUUUUCUAUACUUUGUGGGGGCCUAAAGUUGCAAUCAACUGAAAAUAUUGAAUUAGCGCUAAAAUGUGUAGCAUAUAUUAAUAUUUUUGUUCUAUCAGAUGAACGGCAAUGAUCACAUACAACCAAUUAACCUAAAUGUGUCUGUUGAUCAAAGUCUUAGCAUUUUUACUGGGCCAAUCGUCGCGAGCUUUCGAUGGAGCUUGCCG